GCUUCUAAGGUCGACCAAUAGGGCGCGAGUAAGUGGUAUUAAACCCGACAUAAAACAGGCCAACAAAAUCCUUGCAUACGCCAUUCCUGGAAAGACAAGCGCAGCGAAAAGAUCACUUCACCCGGUCGAGAUGAAGCCCGUGCCACUAUUUCUGUUGGCCUUUCGCAUCGUCGCGAUGCAGGCGCACGAUCUUGCCCCACGAACCUUCGGCUUCGUGCACAGCCACCCGGCACAGCUGCAGGGCCAUCAUGGCUACAGCAUGUCAAUCCAGGCUCAUGGGAACUCCCAUCACGCUUUACCGGCUCACCAUGGUUUGCACGUUGGCCAUGUUCACCAAGGCCACGGGCAUGUAGUACAUCAAGUACAGGGUCAGUUCUCCAACGCUCACCAGCACGAAGUUGACCAGGCGCAUCAGCACAGUAGCCACCAGCAAUCUGCCGCGCCUCAUUCCGCAACUGCGCCCAUUGCAUCGAACGUAAACACUGUCUCAGUCUUGAUGUGCCGCGUCGUCAAGGUUCCUGUUAAUGCCACGGCUCCUGCUGCGCCGCCGACGCAUCACUCCGGCUCUUCUAGCAACCAGCACGUCGGUAGCCAUAUCGCUACUUCCAUUAGUCAUGUCUUCGGCAAGGUAGUCAACCCGGUUGUGGCCCUCCUACAGAACGCCUCUGUUUGGCUGAACCGCACGGCUCACCGACAUCAGAGUGCCACUGGUCUUCACCCCCACCAGCACACUGCUGCUGUGCCCCAUUCCGUCAUCAAAAAGCUGGCUGUCAUCGGACAGCUCAACCAUCGCACGGCGAGCUCUGCCUCGGUGACCGCUCGUCCAUCAGUCCCUAGUGAUGCAACCACAGCACCCAGUCGUAAAACUGCAGUUCCAAGCGCGGUGCCCGCGGCGACAACUCGUUCCCGCCCGACGACAAACAUGCUGACGCUCGCUCCUGUACUAGUCAGCACACUGGGCGCCCCUGCUCUUACUUUAGGCGUCCAGCAUGCGCGUGCCGACACCUUUCCUAACUCGCCUUCGACAACUGCUUCAGCCGAUCUGCCUACUUCCGUCACUGAAGAGGUGUCGUCGAAAAGCAUUGUAACAGACCAUGUUGCUCGCACUACAACGACGGCCUCGGAGUCCGCCUUGGCAAGAACCGUGAUGUCUAAUCGUGCUACCUUAUCUACCACAACCCCGGCUAGCGCUGCUGACACUACAAAGCCCGACCUAGGUCUCCUCAAUCUGCGCGCCAACCCCUUCACUAUCCCGGCUGCCACAAUCUCUUCGGUUGACCUGCCUGCUUCCAUUCAUCAAGAGGUUUCGUCCACAAACCGUGUCUCAGUGGCUACUGAAGCAGCGUUAUCGGAGUCAACCUUUCCCGUCACAGACACAACCACCGAGACGACCGCUCGUGCAACUUUAUCGACUAGUGCUUUCACAAGCGGACUUGACCUGAAGACACAUGCCUUGGGUUCCCUGGAUGCGCGUGCUGACGCUUUCACUGCACUGGUUACUUCAACGGACGUGUCACCUUUUGGUCCUGCACAUAGGGAGCCGGCAGCGUCGGCCACCGCAACAUCGACAAUUACCAACGAUCCCACACCGCUUUUCACAGAAUCUAAUACACGUGCUGUGCCUACAUAUGUACCGGAAAAUCCUGCAGCCUCUACGUUGCCGGUGGACCUGGGUGCAGUCUCCGUACGAUUAGCUCGAUUCACUUCGGCUUCGCCUUCUGCAGCAACACCACCAAGUCUUCCCGCUAACGAGGCCCCACCGACUGUAGUAACGGCCGAAGACAUCGCCGUUACAACUGCAACAGACUCUGCCAUCACGCAUCCAGCCAUGGCGCUUUCCCAGACUUCCACACCUGCUUCUUCGCCACCUGAGAGAUCAACUGUUAUUGAUGCCCGCUCGGUUCGCCCGAAAACCCGGUAGAUCGCUGAACCACAGGCUUUCCAGCAGUAAUGGCAUCGGCGAUAUUGUAAUGUGAUAUUUGUAGUAGCAUGCCUGCUCUGGCUAUGUUUGCAAUGUUUUAAGCUUUUUACUGCGCGCAUUUUGCAUGUUGCAAAUCUUGACCGGUGUACUACGAUUGCGCAAUAAACACGGGCAUUUUAUCAUA